GGACUUGAAGUGGACCGUCAGGACUGAAAAAUACUGAACUUGAACUUGAAAUGACAACCAAAGUCGAACGUGUCGACGCCCUCUUGCGAAAAUCUCUUCUCGGUGAAGAGCUCAUCAACACCCAGUUCCAUCUUUUCACAGCCCACUCUGUACGGUCCCACAAAGCCAUCCGUCCUCGAGCGUUAUUCGCAAAUGACGUCCUGCUUGAGGGUUCAGAAUAUUUUACCAAGCUCCUGGUCCAUAAACAGGAUGCUGACGGCGUAGUCGAUUUUUCUGAGCGUAACCCUUAUGUUGAAGGACUUUCCCUGGAUGAUUAUGAUUAUGCAUCAGAUAGCGAUCUCGAGGAUGAGGAUGAGGAAGACCUAGACCGCUCAGCAGUGUCGCAGCCUGUGAAAUUUGAAGGAAAAUGCUAUUCCAAACAAACUGAAUGGCAGACUGAAAAAGACGGUAACUGUCAAGCUAUGGCGAAAGAUGAUACCGACGACGAAGUAGGGGCAAUUGCUGGUUUUGGCACCUGGACACCACGACCUGUCGUUGUCCCUACCCAACUAAAGGUUAAAAAUGUGUGCCCACCGCGAUAUAUACACAGUCGUCACCUCUUUGUGAAGGAUACGGCUUUUAGAACGUGGCAAGCGUUGCUCUUCUACAUUUACACAGAUCAAAUAUUGUGGUCGCCACUCAAAUCACAGGCUGCCACAGACUCCAAAACGAUACGAGAUAUGGCAAUAGAAGCCAACCCAAACGGCCCUCCACCGUGUUCUCCGAAGUCGAUGUACCGUCUGGCCAACAAAGUCGGCUUUAAGCGGCUGAAGAAGCUUGCGUUUAGUGCGAUCUCUGACAGUCUCUCAGAGCACAAUAUCAUUCAGGAAAUAGGCUCAAGCCUCACAUCAAAAUACCCCGAGGUGCUAAAGAUGGAAAUCGAUGUCCUCUACAAGCACAUCGCGUCGAAACCUGUAUCGAAUCAGCUCCCGAGCCUUGCAAGGCGGGUUGCAGGAGGAGGAGUACCUCACGGUGCCGAGCUGAUCGUCAAGCUUCAUCAAAAAUUAUUGAUGUUGCACUAUCCCGACGCUCUCACCAUCGAGGAGGAAGUGGCCACUGAGCCCGUGACAAACCCUUUGGUUGAUGUGUCGCCGUCUCCGGUUAAAUUUUCGUUCCCUGACGUCGCAGAGAUAGAAGUCCCAAAGGCCGAAGCUGUCUCCGCUUUCAGGUUCGACUCAGUACUGUCGUCUGGAAAGAAAAACAAAAAAAAGAAUUGACGAGUACAUUGCGCAUGUUACAUUAGUAAUUAUUUGUCCUUAACAAAAGUGUCGAUCUGGCUGGUUCUCGUGCCAUCUUAGCGUUAGCUGCUUCGCCACCGACUUUCAAGUUGGAUACUUCAAGCUUUGUUCGUAUGCAAAAGCCUGCUUGUGUAGUUAUUGAGAUUAACCUAGUGCAUAAUUAAGCUGUUGGAAGCUGCGGCCGACUUUCCUGUGCUAUUCCUACCAUCCUUUGUAUGGAUAAUACGACUCAAAUUUGGGCGCCUU